UCGACUCCGUUCAAUCCGAUAUCCCCCUCCCCAAAUCAUUUCACAUUCAUCUGCCAUCUCACAAAAAUGGCGACCCGACGUAUCAUUGCGACUGAAAAGACCAUCCUCGAUAAGGAUGACCCUAUUGAGGAAAAGUCCGAUAUUGCUCCUGCUGUGCCAAAGGAUGUCAUCUACAAGCUCUUGGCCUUUACUAUUGGCAUGAUUGUACUCCCCAUCGGAUCCUACUUUCUCACUGUUAAUACCAUCUUCCGGGGCAACUCAUCCUUCGCUGGUGGCUUUGCUGCUGUCAUGGCCAAUGUCGUGCUUGUUGCAUAUAUCAUCGUCGCAAUGAAGGAGGAGAACGCCGAGCAGACAGGUAAACCAAAGUCUGACAGUAAAAAGGAUCAAUAG